CAGACUAUAAAGUUGAAACAGACUAUAAAGUUGGGGCAUCGAAGGAUUUACAGUCAUUAUUACUCUCUCUAAACACAUACACACUCUAUCUCAAAACUCGAUGCAGUGUGUAUUUUAGGAGUUUUAGGGUUUAUAGAUCCGAAACAAAGACAUGUGGAACAAUAGCGGAAUUGCUCCGCCAGGAACGGCGGGGUCGUCCAUGGCACCACCGGGGACGGUGGGCUCGUCUAUGGCACCGCCGGGGACGGUGGGCUCGUCCAUGGCACCGCCACAACAGCCUUCUUACACUGUUCUGCCGUCGCCGGCGGAGGCGGAGGCUAUUAUCGAAGAGAGAGCCAGAAAGUGGAUGCAACUCAAUUCCAAACGCUACGGCGAUAAGCGAAAAUUCGGUUUCGUCGAGACGCAGAAGGAGGACAUGCCUCCCGAACACGUUAGGAAGAUCAUCAGGGACCAUGGUGAUAUGUCAUCAAAAAAAUUCCGCCAUGAUAAACGUGUGUAUCUCGGAGCUCUUAAAUUCGUUCCACAUGCAGUUUACAAGCUCCUUGAGAACAUGCCAAUGCCUUGGGAGCAGGUCCGUGAUGUGAAGGUCUUGUACCAUAUUACUGGAGCCAUCACUUUCGUGAAUGAGAUACCAUGGGUAGUUGAACCUAUCUAUCUUGCUCAGUGGGGUACGAUGUGGAUCAUGAUGCGAAGAGAGAAGAGGGAUCGUCGGCAUUUCAAGAGGAUGCGAUUCCCCCCUUUUGAUGACGAGGAGCCUCCAUUGGACUAUGCUGAUAAUCUACUAGAUGUUGAUCCUCUGGAACCUAUUCAACUGGAGAUGGAUGAGGAAGAAGAUUCUGCAGUGUAUAAUUGGUUUUAUGACCAUAAGCCUCUUGUGAAAACGAAGCUAAUAAAUGGUCCAAGUUACAGAAAGUGGCAUCUAUCUCUUCCCAUCAUGGCAACACUCCAUCGGCUUGCUGGACAGCUGCUUUCUGAUUUAAUUGAUAGAAACUACUUCUACUUGUUUGAUAUGGAAUCAUUCUUUACUGCUAAAGCCUUGAACAUGUGCAUUCCUGGUGGUCCUAAGUUUGAGCCUUUGUAUCGUGACAUGGAAAAAGGAGAUGAGGAUUGGAAUGAGUUUAAUGACAUUAACAAACUUAUCAUUCGCUCGCCUCUUAGGACGGAGUACAGAAUUGCAUUCCCACAUUUAUAUAACAAUAGGCCCAGGAAAGUAAAGCUGUGUAUCUAUCAUACCCCUAUGAUCAUGUAUAUAAAAACGGAGGAUCCUGAUUUACCUGCAUUUUAUUAUGAUCCUCUAAUACACCCAAUAACCACCAUUCAUAAGGACCGUCGUGAGAAGAAAAUUUCUGAAGAGGACGAUGACGACGAUUUUGAACUGCCAGAGGGGGUGGAACCCUUGCUGACGAACAUUCCAAUUUAUACUGACACCACAGCUGCUGGUAUUUCACUAUUGUUUGCACCACGUCCUUUUAACAUGAGAUCUGGUCGUAUGCGACGAGCUGAAGAUAUACCCCUUGUGUCUGAGUGGUACAAGGAGCACUGUCCUCCGUCUUACCCGGUUAAAGUCCGGGUAAGCUACCAGAAAUUGUUGAAAUGUUUUGUGUUGAAUGAGCUGCAUCACAGACCUCCUAAGGCUCAGAAGAAGAAGCACUUAUUCCGGUCUCUCCAAGCUACAAAGUUUUUUCAAACUACUGAACUUGAUUGGGCUGAAGCAGGUCUUCAAGUUUGUAAGCAAGGGUAUAACAUGCUGAAUCUGUUGAUACAUAGGAAAAAUCUGAAUUACCUUCACCUGGAUUAUAAUUUCAAUCUGAAGCCAGUGAAGACACUCACGACAAAGGAACGUAAGAAGUCACGGUUCGGUAAUGCUUUCCAUCUAUGCCGUGAAAUCCUGCGUUUGACAAAGCUUGUAGUUGAUGCCAAUAUCCAAUUCCGCUUGGGAAAUGUGGAUGCAUUUCAGUUGGCAGAUGGUUUGCAAUAUACAUUCUCCCACGUUGGCCAGUUGACAGGCAUGUAUCGUUACAAGUACAGGCUUAUGCGACAGAUUCGAAUGUGCAAAGAUUUGAAGCACUUGAUAUAUUAUCGGUUUAAUACUGGACCAGUUGGGAAAGGACCUGGAUGUGGCUUCUGGGCACCAAUGUGGAGGGUGUGGUUGUUCUUCCUUCGUGGCAUAGUACCUCUUCUGGAACGGUGGUUGGGUAACUUACUUGCACGACAAUUUGAAGGGCGACAUUCAAAAGGAGUUGCCAAGACUGUGACAAAGCAACGUGUUGAGAGCCAUUUCGACUUGGAACUUCGGGCUGCUGUCAUGCAUGAUGUUCUUGAUGCCAUGCCAGAGGGCAUUAAGCAAAAUAAAGCAAGAACUAUCUUGCAGCAUUUAAGUGAAGCAUGGCGUUGUUGGAAAGCAAACAUCCCUUGGAAGGUGCCUGGUUUGCCAGUUCCAAUUGAAAAUAUGAUCCUUCGUUAUGUCAAGUCAAAAGCUGAUUGGUGGACAAAUGUUGCUCACUAUAAUCGUGAACGUAUUAGAAGGGGUGCAACAGUUGACAAGACGGUCUGCAGAAAGAAUCUGGGGAGACUGACUCGCCUUUGGCUAAAGGCUGAACAGGAACGUCAGCAUAAUUAUUUGAAAGAUGGUCCAUAUGUCACGCCAGAAGAAGCAGUGGCUAUUUAUACGACCACUGUGCAUUGGUUGGAAUCAAGAAAGUUCUCCCCAAUUCCCUUCCCUCCAUUGUCUUACAAGCAUGAUACGAAACUUCUGAUCCUUGCUCUUGAAAGGUUGAAGGAAUCAUAUAGUGUGGCUGUGAGGUUAAAUCAACUACAAAGAGAGGAGUUGGGCCUCAUUGAACAAGCUUAUGACAAUCCACAUGAAGCUUUGUCACGGAUUAAGCGUCACCUGCUUACGCAACGUGCUUUCAAAGAAGUUGGAAUUGAGUUCAUGGAUUUGUACAGCUAUCUGAUUCCAGUUUAUGAGAUUGAACCUCUUGAAAAGAUUACAGAUGCAUAUUUAGACCAAUAUCUGUGGUAUGAAGGUGACAAGCGCCAUCUCUUUCCAAAUUGGAUAAAACCUGCAGAUUCAGAGCCACCACCGCUUUUAGUUUAUAAAUGGUGCCAGGGAAUAAAUAAUUUGCAAAGUGUAUGGGACACUAGUGAAGGACAAUGUGUGGUGAUGCUUCAGACUAAGUUUGAGAAAUUCUUCGAAAAGAUUGAUUUGACCAUGCUUAACAGGCUUUUACGUUUGGUGCUUGAUCAUAAUAUUGCUGAUUAUGUGACUGCAAAGAACAAUGUGGUGUUGUCGUAUAAGGACAUGAGUCAUACAAACUCAUAUGGGCUUAUACGUGGUCUUCAGUUUGCUUCUUUUGUCGUACAAUAUUAUGGACUUGUGCUGGAUCUCUUGCUUCUUGGUUUGACUCGAGCCAGUGAAAUUGCUGGUCCACCACAGAUGCCUAAUGAGUUCAUUACUUAUUGGGACACCAAAGUAGAAACGAGACAUCCAAUACGGUUGUACUCUCGGUAUAUCGACAAGGUGCAUAUAUUGUUCCGCUUCACCCAUGAAGAGGCUCGUGAUCUUAUCCAGCGAUAUCUUACUGAGCAUCCUGAUCCCAAUAAUGAAAACAUGGUUGGUUAUAACAAUAAGAAGUGCUGGCCAAGAGAUGCAAGAAUGCGUCUCAUGAAGCAUGAUGUCAAUCUUGGGAGAAGUGUAUUCUGGGAUAUGAAAAACCGGCUUCCUCGAAGUAUCACAACUUUGGAGUGGGAGAACAGCUUUGUUUCUGUUUAUAGCAAAGAUAAUCCGAACUUGCUUUUCAGCAUGUGUGGAUUUGAGGUUCGUAUACUACCUAAGAUAAGAAUGACCCAAGAGGCAUUCAGCAACACAAGAGAUGGUGUUUGGAAUCUGCAGAAUGAACAGACCAAGGAAAGGACUGCUGUCGCUUUCUUACGAGUUGAUGAUGAACAUAUGAAGGUUUUUGAGAAUCGUGUUAGGCAAAUUCUUAUGUCUUCAGGAUCAACCACGUUCACAAAGAUUGUCAACAAAUGGAAUACGGCUCUUAUAGGCCUGAUGACAUACUUCCGUGAAGCAACAGUGCAUACACAGGAACUGUUAGACUUGCUGGUGAAGUGUGAAAAUAAAAUUCAAACCCGUAUAAAGAUUGGAUUAAAUUCAAAGAUGCCUAGCAGGUUCCCUCCUGUCAUUUUCUACACACCAAAGGAAAUUGGAGGGCUUGGCAUGUUAUCAAUGGGUCAUAUAUUAAUUCCACAGAGUGAUCUCCGGUACAGUCAACAGACAGAUGUUGGUGUAACACAUUUUAGGGCUGGAAUGAGUCAUGAAGAGGACCAACUGAUUCCAAAUCUUUAUCGUUACAUACAGCCAUGGGAGAGUGAGUUCAUUGAUUCACAGAGAGUUUGGGCAGAGUAUGCACUCAAGAGACAGGAAGCUCAGUCACAAAAUAGGCGUUUGACCCUUGAAGAUUUGGAAGAUUCAUGGGAUCGCGGAAUACCUCGAAUCAAUACUCUGUUCCAGAAAGACCGACAUACACUGGCAUAUGACAAAGGAUGGAGAGUUCGGACAGAUUUCAAACAGUAUCAAGUCUUGAAACAAAACCCAUUUUGGUGGACUCACCAAAGGCAUGAUGGGAAAUUGUGGAACUUGAAUAACUAUCGUACUGAUGUUAUCCAAGCACUUGGGGGUGUUGAAGGAAUUCUGGAACAUACAUUAUUCAAGGGAACUUACUUUCCAACUUGGGAGGGUCUUUUCUGGGAAAAGGCUUCAGGUUUUGAGGAGUCCAUGAAAUACAAGAAACUGACAAAUGCUCAAAGAUCUGGGCUCAACCAGAUUCCUAACCGUCGGUUUACCCUUUGGUGGUCGCCCACAAUAAAUAGGGCCAACGUCUAUGUUGGAUUCCAAGUGCAAUUAGAUUUGACUGGGAUAUUCAUGCAUGGGAAAAUACCAACUCUUAAGAUAUCACUGAUACAGAUAUUCCGUGCCCAUUUGUGGCAGAAGAUUCAUGAGAGUGUAGUAAUGGAUCUCUGCCAGGUUUUGGAUCAAGAAUUGGACGCAUUGGAAAUUGAGACUGUUCAGAAGGAAACAAUCCAUCCUCGAAAGAGCUACAAAAUGAACAGCUCUUGUGCUGACAUCCUUCUGUUUGCAGCCCAUAGAUGGCUCAUGUCAAAACCCAGUUUAGUUGCCGAAUCAAAAGAUGUUUUUGACCAAAAAGCGAGCAAUAAAUACUGGAUAGAUGUGCAGCUCCGUUGGGGAGAUUAUGAUUCUCAUGAUAUUGAGCGCUAUAACCGGGCAAAGUUCAUGGAUUAUACUACAGAUAACAUGUCUAUCUAUCCGUCACCAACUGGGGUUAUGAUUGGCAUUGAUCUUGCAUAUAACUUGCAUUCUGCUUUCGGGAACUGGUUUCCAGGGUCAAAACCGCUGCUUAAUCAAGCUAUGAAUAAGAUUAUGAAGUCAAAUCCAGCUUUAUAUGUUUUGAGGGAGCGGAUAAGGAAAGGGUUGCAGUUGUAUUCUUCUGAGCCCACAGAGCCAUAUUUAUCAUCUCAAAAUUAUGGGGAGAUAUUUAGCAAUCAAAUAAUUUGGUUUGUUGAUGACACAAAUGUGUAUCGUGUCACAAUCCACAAGACAUUUGAAGGAAAUCUCACAACAAAACCCAUCAAUGGUGCAAUCUUCAUAUUUAAUCCAAGGACAGGGCAGCUGUUUCUGAAGGUGAUUCACACAAGUGUAUGGGCGGGACAAAAGCGACUUGGUCAGCUGGCCAAGUGGAAAACAGCAGAAGAAGUGGCUGCUCUUGUGCGUUCCUUGCCUGUUGAAGAACAGCCAAAGCAAAUCAUUGUGACUCGUAAAGGAAUGCUGGAUCCCUUGGAGGUUCACUUGUUGGAUUUCCCUAAUAUUGUUAUUAAAGGAAGUGAGUUGCAACUGCCAUUCCAAGCUUGCUUAAAGAUUGAGAAAUUUGGUGAUCUGAUUCUGAAGGCGACAGAGCCACAAAUGGUUUUGUUCAAUAUAUACGAUGAUUGGUUGAAGAGUAUUUCAUCUUACACGGCAUUCUCCAGACUCAUUCUGAUUCUGCGUGCACUUCAUGUUAACAAUGAGAAAGCGAAGAUGUUAUUGAAGCCUGACAAGACAAUUAUCACUGAGCCUCACCACAUCUGGCCAUCUCUUACAGAUGAUCAAUGGAUGAAGGUUGAAGUUGCUUUAAGAGAUCUUAUACUCUCAGACUAUGCCAAGAAAAACAAUGUGAACACAUCAGCACUGACACAAUCUGAGAUUCGUGAUAUAAUACUUGGAGCUGAGAUUACUCCACCAUCACAACAGAGACAACAGAUUGCCGAGAUUGAGAAACAGGCAAAAGAAGCGAGUCAGUUAACAGCAGUCACUACAAGGACGACAAAUGUGCAUGGUGAUGAACUCAUUGUCACUACCACAAGUCCUUAUGAGCAAGCUGCUUUUGGGUCCAAGACUGAUUGGCGUGUGAGAGCAAUUUCAGCUACAAACCUUUAUCUUCGAGUGAAUCAUAUAUAUGUGAAUUCAGAGGACAUAAAGGAAACAGGCUACACUUACAUCAUGCCCAAGAACAUCUUGAAGAAGUUCAUAUGCAUUGCCGAUCUGCGGACUCAAAUUUCAGGGUACUUGUAUGGCAUAAGUCCUCCAGACAAUCCUCAGGUCAAGGAAAUUCGCUGUAUUGCCAUGCCACCACAGUGGGGCACCCAUCAGCAAGUUCAUCUCCCAUCAGCUCUCCCUGAGCAUGACUUCCUGACUGAUUUGGAGCCUCUGGGAUGGAUGCACACACAACCAAAUGAGCUUCCCCAGUUGUCACCACAGGAUCUUACUAGUCAUGCUCGGGUUCUAGAGAACAACAAGCAAUGGGAUGGGGAAAAAUGCAUCAUUCUGACUUGCAGUUUUACUCCGGGUUCCUGCUCGCUAACUGCAUAUAAGCUUACCCCAACAGGUUAUGAGUGGGGGCGUGCCAACAAGGACACUGGAAGCAAUCCUCAUGGUUAUUUGCCAACACAUUAUGAAAAGGUCCAGAUGCUGCUGAGUGAUCGUUUCCUUGGUUUCUACAUGAUCCCGGAUAAUGGUCCAUGGAAUUACAACUUCAUGGGGGUGAAGCACACAGUGAGCAUGAGGUAUGGUAUCAAGCUGGGAACACCUCGAGAGUACUAUCACGAGGAUCACAGGCCAACUCAUUUCUUAGAGUUCAGCAACUUGGAGGAGGGUGACACUGCAGAAGGUGAUCGUGAGGAUACAUUCUCAUGAAGUUCAGUACUUUCGAUUAGCUUGCCUAAAUCACUGUAUUCCUAGUUUUCACUUUGCUAAAAAAAAAAAAAAGAA